CGUAAAAGGUCUGCUAAUCAGUGCGAAUCAGUGCGACAACAGGAUAACGACCAUAACCUAUAAUUCCCGCAUGGGUCGUUUAGCUUCUCCGAACACUUCACAAACCUGGGAGCCUGGCAUGUAGCCCUGCUUAUGAAAAAGGGCUUAGCUUGGAGGCAUCAUACAAGGUUCACCAACUGCAACAUUGCGUAAAGAUGUAUAUUCUUGGCCAGCAAUGACGGCAAAUACCAUGCUUGCCCGCUAUAAUAGCCGAGUCCCUUAGUAUCCCAAAUCCAUAACAGCGCACGCGUGGUCGGGAGCAGCUGGAGGACAUCCGCAUCAGAAUCGCCCUCUGCCAUAGCCCUGCCCAACCUUGAUGCGUAUCAACAUCAAGACGGCGUCGGCGCAUGUCACUUCUUGAUAAACACCAUCUUAGUGACUCGUCCAAGCUUCCCGCCUUGGCGGUACAUGUCGAGAGCAGCAUUAGGGACGGACCGCUAGUUAAUGCAUGAGGUGCCUCAGCGCGCCGCGGCAGCUCGGGCAGGCACCGCCAUUUCGCAGUGCGCAGCUGCAUCCGCGCGCAAACGCGAACUCCUGCCACCAAUGGCGCAGUGUACGGCAACUGCCCCUACGGCAGCUCCGCUUGAGCAACCUCCGGGAAAGCGGAAGCGGGGACGGCCGCCUGGCAGCGGCAGCCUAAAGCGGACACGCCUAGCUGUACAUCCGGAUGCCUCGCUGCAUGGGCAGGGUGCUGUGGCUGCUGCAGCUGCUGCGGCUGUGGCUGCUGAAGCUGCGAGACCAGCACCGGAACCAGCAGGUGCUGCCAUCGCCGCCCUUCAUCCCCAGACCGCUGCCGCCACCGCUGCCACCGCAAUCACGGUAGUGGCAGCCGCUUGCAUUACAUGUGGCAGUGCGGCCAUGCAUCGAGGCUUCACUUCAUCAGACGGCAAGCGCACCUGCCACAGCUGCUGCCUACACAAUUGGCGCGAACUUCGCUUCUACGGACCAGUGGGAACCAGGAGCUUGGAGGAAGCUGGCGGCCGCAUCUGCGCAGAAUGCGGUGCGAAGGACACCUACAAGUGGCACCGACAUAAGCUGCAGCCGCUGCUUCACACGUGCAACGCAUGCAAUAGGAGGUACCGAAAGUACGGCAGAUACGGGAUAAGCGUGCCGUACGGAGCCGGGGAUGAUACAAAUGAGCCGAUGGCGGACGUGGAGCGGGAGCCGGUGAUGGAGCAUGAGUUGGGCCGUACAGAGCCGGUAGCGCCUGCUGCGGGUGCUGAUGAGGCUGCUGAGGCGGCGGAUGAGGCUGUGAAGCUGGUUGCGGAGGUGGUGGAGGCUGCGGCUCGCCUUCAGGAGGCUUCUGAGGCCGCUGAUGCGCCGCAGCCGGAAGGCCCUGCACGGGAGGGCGUCGUAGCGGCCGCUGCUGGUGCCACGACUGCAGCCCCAGCAGGUGCAGCAGCCGCGCUGCUGCACCCCGCAGCACAAGGGGCAGGGGUGAGGGUGGUGCCGGCACCAUGUCAAAACCUGGCCGACAGGUCGCCGAGCAGUUACAACCCCAGUGCGAAUGCGGUUGCUGCCCCUCUGCCCGGAGGUGCCUGUACGGCAGCGGGGUCUAGUGGCAGUCCUUGGCACCAGCAGCAACAGGGGCAGGUGCAGGAGCAGCAGGGAGAGGAACGGCGGCAGCAGCAGCAGGAGCACGUGCCGGAUGAGCCCACAGGAGGAGCUAACACCAAGCCCCGGAGUUGUGCGAAUUGCGGUAGCCACGAAUCUCAGAAGUGGUACUGCCACCGAGCACGACCCGGCGUAUUCAUCUGCCAGGACUGCUGCCCCCGCAACCGCCGUACGACAGCGUCGUUGCGUCUGAUAUCAUCGUUAGGCGCUGCAGUGAGAUUUAAUGAGGGGGGUGCUGAUGCCGCCGCUGCCCCGGCAGCCGCAGCAGCAGUAGCCGCAGGCGGCGGCGUCUCAGGGAUCGCGCGCUCACCGUCGCCAGGUGCCGUCGCUACCGUAGGCCGUGCUGCUGCUGCUGCUGCCGAUGCCGAUGCCGAUGCCGCCGCCACAACUGUUGCCGCUGCUGCUGCUGCUGCUGCUCCCACCUGCGUUAUUACUACAGCUACCGCAGCUUCCCCAAGUACGGCUCCCGCAGACGCCUCCGCCGUUACCGCCGUCACCCUGGCGUCUCCCCCCGCCACCGCCGCCAGCACCCCCGUCGACUCCACAACCUGCGUUGCCUGCGGUUCUCACGAGCUCCACCGAGGCUACGUAGCGCCCGGAGGCCGCUUUACCUGCCAUGCUUGCUGCCUGAAAAACAAAACGGUCAACGGCUUUUACGGCCCUGCGGGUACGACAUCCGUACAGGCGGCGGGGGGGCGCGGCUGUGCGCAAUGCGGUACGACGCUGGCGGAGCGGUCACGUGUGCCGCACAUGCGCCGACGCGGGUUGUACUCCUGUCGGCCCUGCUUCUUGUCGUACAGUCAGAAGGGGACGUACGACAGCACAGCGCCGGCGGCCGGUGUGGCUGCUGCUGCUGUCGGGGAGGUUGGAGUAGCUGCUACUGCUGCUGCUGCUGUUACUGACGCCGAGGACGUUGCGAUAGCUUAUAACGCUGCGGUUGGGGACGUUGCAGCCUUCGCGCAUCCGUUGCUACAACCAACGUUGGGUUCUUCGCUGUCACUGCCGCCGCCUGCGGUUGGAGGACUUGGAGAGCAGCUGCAGCCGCCGUUGCUACCGUCGCCGCCACUAGCGUCACCGCUGGCAUUACCACCGCCACCGCCGCUGCCGCCGCCGCAGCAGCAGAGGAAACAAGAGAUAUUAUCUGACUUGCCCAUGGAGCAGCAAUCUAGCCCGCAGCUUUCUGGCGCAGUUUGCAACAACGCAGGACCUCCACCUGACGCGGCCGCCGUUGACGUGGCGGAGGCGCCGUCCACGGCAGGGGCAGUAGAGGGAUGCAGAGGGGCUACUCAGCAACAGCAGCAGCAGCAGCAGCAGCGGACUGGGGACGAGGUUAGUGUCGUACAAGCCGUACAGCAACAGCGCCCGGAUGGUGCUGUCGUACAAGCGCUUGCGGAGGCGGUACGGGACUUUGGGGAGCUGCUCACGACUACUUGUGAAGCUCUGCUAGCGCUGGAAGAUGCAUACUCGGACGUACGACUACUGAAUGUGAACACUGUACGACAGGACUUUCUAGGGGCAGCAGCCUUCUCGCCGACGUCACCACCACCACCGCCGCCGUCGUUGUCUAGGCCUCUGCGUGCGACUUAUGAGGGGCUCUGUGGAGGGGAUGCUGAGAUGCGGUUCCGUUUCCUAGCCGACCUGCUCCUGCGGUGGCUACAGGCGCGUGUGUGGAGCGCUCCGCUGGCGCUGCUGCUGGGCCCUGUCGCGGCAGGUGCUGGACUGGACCGCCUGGGGCCACCGCCGGGGCUGGACGAGCGGCAGCAGGCCGAAUGGAUCGUCAGUCGGAGGGGCCUGUACGGCACCUUUUCCGCCGUCGCGUCCGUUUCCAUAGCGGAGUUGAUUGUCACUGGCGGCGGCUGGGCGGGCGCCGACGGCGAGACGGCGGCUGUGACGGACCUUUCCGCCGCGUUGUCCGACCUACGGGUCAUUCCUGCCGAUGUGACCCAGUUUCACGCGGUUGCCGAGUACCUUGCCUCCUCACUGGCCGGAGACCUCUUGGGCCUCCCGCAACUGCCGGCCCUCAGCUCGGCAGUUGCUGCUCGGACCUUAUGCGCCUCCUUAAGCGCAACCGCCAGUAACCGUCAACUGCCGCCGGUUCACCUGGCCUACGCCGCUGCGAGUCUGCAUCUCCGUACACUUGCGGCUGCGUCCCUGCGUCUGGCUCUGCGUGUGGGUGCCGCCCCGGGCCGCCUGUCGCUGCGGCUAGCGGUGCCCGGGGAACCCAUUGACGGCAUCUUGCCGCCGCCGCCGCCGCGAGGAGGAGAGGCACCACAGCGAGGGCAGCAGCCGUCAGCGGUGCUGUCACAGCCAUGGCCUCUGCCGCGGGAAGGAGGCCACGGAGGCGGCGCUUCCCAAACCGGUACUGUGGGGCGAGUGGAGGGCGACGGCGACGGCGGCAACGGCAACGGUGAGGAGGGUAACGCACGCCGCGUGGAGGCUUGUAAGUGGCUGGAGCUACCCCCGGAGAUUUGUCCGACGACUACCACUGCUGGCCCGACCGCUACCGCCACCGUCGCUGGUGCUGGUGCUGGUGCUGCUGCUGCUGCUGCUGCUGCUGGCAGCAACCCCUGGCCUCGCUUCGUACGCUUUCUACGCGACAUGUACAGCGUUAACGGUUUGGAAGGAGCUUCUGGCGAUGGCGGCGGCACCGGCAGCUGUUUGAAUGGUGGCCAUCAGGGGCAGCCCGCCUGUUUUCCCAGCAGCAGUGACUGUACGACACAGGCGUCGACGGGUGCCGUACUUUGGGUUGUUGCGCCGGGUGUCGUACAUUAUGAAAUGAGCGUUAGUCAGGAUGCGUCGCCAGCGUUGACGGCGGGUGCAGCACCGGUAACGGUUCCUGUGCUGCCGGUGCAGGUUGUUGGUGUGAAGAAUGUUGGUGCAUGCAUCGGUUAAGUUGGAUUGGUAUUUGGUUGCAUACCUCGAUAGCUGUCUUGCGGAUCAAGUUGUAUUGUUGCACAUGGCAUGGUGAUUCAUAUGAUAGUGUCACGGGGCUUCCUGCUUCCAGGGGCUCAAACCUUCUGUCUCUACUUGCGUACAAUAUCCAGGGCAUUUAACGAAUACAAGCUGUGUUGGGUAAUGCGCCACCGGAUGGGCCUGAGGUGGGCGCCUAAAGUCACGCGUUACGGAUACUGGUAAGCAACUUGAUGGAGUGUGGGGCGUAGUUGGAAGUGGGCUGUGUUACAGGCAUUGCAGUAUAUUAUUUCCAGAUUUAUAGUUCAGGACGCCAAUUGAGAAGAAUCCGCAGGGGCCGCAGGAUGUAGCAUGUCCCAGUAUGCAGGGUUGUCGCCAAGAUCGAUUUUCGGAAACACGCCCUGAGACUGUACUUGCCUCAAGCUCGAAUCUAUUUCCCCUUUCGCAGCUAAGACAUCCAACUUGUAACACAAACUGGG